UAGGGCUUCCUAAUUUCAUUUUUCUCUUGAUUUUGGACAUCUUUAUUUGUUAUAAAUAAAUCUUUCCUACAAAUCUACAAUUACUUUUAACAUAUUAUAACCACACACACAGUACACCCUAUUAACGACUGCUUUCCACCGUCUUCACCACCAUGGAUAUAACCAGUAUCGCCGGAGAUACUCCCAUGAUCAACAAGAAAAGAACCAAAGGCAGGCAAAAGAUUGAUAUAAAGAAGAUAGAAGACCCCAACAGCCUCCAAGUCGCCUUCUGUAAACGCCGCACCGGACUUUUCAAGAAAGCCUCUGAGAUCUGUGUCUUGACCGGAGCCCAAAUCGCCAUCCUGGUUACUUCCCCCGCUGGUCGGUUCUAUGGGUUUCGCCACCCCAACACCGACGUCCUGUUGGAUGACUUUCUGAAUGAUAACAACAAAGACGCUGCCACCAACACCACCACCGGUGGAGAGACGGGAGCCACCCAGAAGAACUAUCGAUCGCCACCGCCAACGCCCAUAAUGAUGGAGUUCAAUCAACAUUACUCGGAGGUUUCGAGGGAGUUGGAGGCUGAGAAGAAGCGCGGAGGAAUGAUUCCGGAGAGCAGCGGCGAAUCACGUUGGUACGACGAGCCUGUUGAUGGGCUGGAUGUGGAGGAGAUUCAACAGUAUCUUUGCUCGUUGGAUGAGUUGAAGAGGAAGGUUUUGACGAGAGCUGUUGAACUGAUGAUGAUCAACAAAUCUUCUGAUGCGUUCUUUGGUUGGAACAAUGGCAUUCAACCUCCGGUGGAUCUUCCUGAAAACACCGGAGUUGAUGGUGGUUUAAGCUUCCAGUACGAUGAAAAUUUUGGAAAUUGUUAAAUACAUUCCGGCAUUCUCUGGUUUUGUAAGUAAGAUAGAUGAAGUUCUUAAUUAACGUAGUAAGUAUUCAAUUCA